CUCGACAUCGCUAUGAGUCCACCGAGGCCUUGAUUGCGCGGAGUUGCUAUCUCUAGAUCUCACGUAAUAAAGGGCUUGCGAUUUCCUCAAUAGUGAUGCUCGUGUUUCCAGUCGAGUCGUAUCUGUUGGAACAUUUUACCAUAUCAUAACUGCGUCUUACGAUGGAAUCACCCAAGACGAAGCCAAAGCUAGGGCAGAAAUUUCACUGCUACGGAAUCAGUUUCAAAUGGACUUCGUUGCAUAAGAGCGCCGAAGAACUAAAUAAAUUGGUCUUCACGUAUGACAAGCUCGCGACAGACACGGUCAAUUAUUUGCAAGAGAACGCGACUUCAAACAAAGAUGUCCACGGCAGAGAUCUGUUCAAGCUAUUAAAAGAUGAGGCAGAAGAUGGCGGUGUCGUGGGCCAGUUGUGGGAUCAGGUCAACACAGUACCGGAAUGGGUCGACUGGCAACAAAUUGAGAGGGGUCAAAAAGUCUUCUGGAGAUACGUUGGUCCAGCACUUGUGGCACUCGGUCAAAUGUCAUUACUUGGUUCCUUCGGCUACGGACGUGCAGUUAGGGUUCUUGACAAGACGGGAGGUUGGAAGACUGAAAACACGUUUCGUCGCCUUCUGGAGACUACCCAGCACACGCUUGAUGUACACAAAGAUUUAAAGUCACUACAACCUGGUGGCGACGGAUGGGAGUCAUCAAUCCGAGUCCGGCUUCUUCACAGCUCGGUCCGACGUCGAAUUAUGGCUCUUGCCAGAGAAAAGCCAGAAUACUACGACAAAAUCGUAGAUGGUGUACCAAUCAACGACAUGGACAGCAUUAUUACUAUGAAUGACUUCUCCUCUCUUGUCAUGUAUCUCGGCCUCCCCCGCCAAGGUAUAUACCCGUCCAAGCAAGAGAUUGCUGACUAUCUCGCGACAUGGAGAUAUAUCUGCUACAUCAUGGGUACUCCAGACUUUUUCUUGGAAACACCAGAGAGCGCUAAGGCGAUGAUGGAGUCCAUCUUCCUUUCCGAGGUGAAACCGGACGAACAAGCAGGUGUCAUUUCCAACAAUAUGAUCAAUGCGUUGGUUGGUCAGGCACCUAGCUACGCCUCCCGUGGCUUCCUGCAGGCGAUGGUGUACUGGCUAAACGGGAAAGAAAUCGCUAGAUCCUUAGAGAUUGAAGCUCCCAGCCUUUACCAUACCAGCUUGGUAGCUGGCCAGUGCUGGCUAUUCAUGCUUCUCACAUACCCUCGCCGAUUUACUCCGACCUUCAUCGACGACCGCAUCAACGAGGCUACCAAGAAGAAGAUUUAUGAUGCUCUUGUUCACAACAAGGAGAAGGGAGCACUUGGCUACAAGGCAAAGUUCACGUUCAAGUGGAUUCCGGCUCUCGACUUUCGAACGCCACCUGGAGAUACGAAAGCGGAUAGGACCAAGGAUUCCGGUGCUCUCAAACAUUUUGGCCCCGAAGCAGUAUCAAUCGUCACGCUGUUAAUGACCGCUUUUUCCGCUGCAGGCGGAGUCUGGGGCGCUUUUAGCACGGCGAAAAAAUUUGGGCUCUUGCCAGCCUGGCCAGCUUGGCUUCCAGAGUUCAUGCUGAGGCUUGCAAAGCCGACUUUUUCGCCCUGAUAAGGAAUAUUGUUCAGCAUUAUGCUUACGUUUUUGCUUUUUCUUUUUUUUUCUCUCUGUAAUUCGUAGCAAAAGCUCUAAAUAAACGCGAUGGAAUCAUCUAGACUGUACGUUAGAAAUCUGCAGUAGACGAAAGAUGCUAAGA